CAGGCAGGAAGUAGAAAUGAAAACACAAGGAGAUUUACUUGUCUUUCACUGUUCCCCCCCUUUGCUUUAACGUAAAUAGCCGCAGGAAUAGACGGUUGGAGUUAAACAACACAUUUGGAAACCUUUUUUUUUCUUACUGCACCGUCACCUGUCCCGCAGGGAUUAUAGGCCGGUUGAUAAAAGGCUGUGCGCACUUUCCUGACGCGAUGACCGUCCAUUGAUGGGAAUAAUCAGCAGAGUCGCCGCUAAUUUGACUGUAAUUCGUUUUAUUUUAUUAGAAACCAUCAUCAGAGAAUCAUGUCCGGACGACUUCAAGCGAGCAGGACCGACGGUGUCGAUAAAAACGUGUGGGUUGAGUUCACACAACUGGCAGCAGACUACAAAGCAGUGAACCUCGGGCAGGGAUUUCCAGACUUCUCCCCUCCUGCGUUUGUCCAGGAGGCUUUUUGUAAAGCCGUGAGUGGAGGACCCACCAUGCACCAGUAUACCCGAGCUUUCGGCCAUCCGCCUCUUGUGAAAAUUCUGGCUAAAUUCUUCAGCCGGAUUGUGGGACAUGAGAUUGAUCCUUUUGAGGACAUCCUGGUCACAGUCGGAGCUUAUCAGGCUCUCUUCUGUGCAUUUCAGGCCCUGAUUGAUGAAGGGGAUGAGGUCAUAAUUGUUGAGCCGUUCUUUGACUGUUACCAGCCGAUGGUGAUGAUGGCUCGAGGAAAGGCAGUGUAUGUACCUCUGAGACCGAAGGUUGAUUGUGGCGCCGUCCUGUCGAGUGGAGACUGGGUUCUUUCUGCUGAGGAGCUGGCCAGUAAAAUCACUCCACGCACAAAAGCCAUAGUUAUUAACACUCCAAACAACCCAUUAGGAAAGGUUUACAAGACAGAAGAGCUCCAAAUGAUCGCUGAUCUGUGUAUCAAACAUGACCUGCUGUGCAUCAGUGACGAGGUGUACGAGUGGCUGACUUAUGACGGAACCAAGCAUGUAAAGAUAGCCAGCCUUCCUGGCAUGUGGGAACGAACCAUAACUGUCGGCAGUGCUGGAAAGACUUUCAGUGCUACUGGCUGGAAGGUUGGCUGGGCUAUCGGCUCUGGACACAUCAUCAAACACAUGAAAACCAUCCAUCAGAACAGCGUCUACCACUGUGCAACCGCUGCUCAGGAGGCAGUAGCUCAGGGAUUUGAGAGAGAAUACGAGGUGUUUGGGACUCCAGACAGCUACUUCCAGCAGCUGCCUGCCAUGCUGCACCACAAGAGGAAGAAACUGGCCUCGUGUCUGGAGAGUGUGGGUUUGCAGCCCAUCAUGCCAGAGGGAGGCUAUUUUAUGAUCGCAGACAUCUCCUCUGUCAAGGUGGACCUCAAUGGCCGAAACACUAAGGAUGAAUGCAAUGAUUUCAGAUUUGUUAAAUGGCUAAUUAAAGAGAAGGGUUUAGCAACAAUCCCCGUCUCUGCGUUCUACAGUCCAGAGCACUCCAAGGAGUUUGACAAGUACAUCAGAUUCUGUUUUGUCAAGGAGGACUCCACCCUGGACGCAGCAGAGGACAUAUUGAGAAAGUGGAGUGCCGGACAGUAAAAUCGUCCAUGAUGAUGAUGAUGACAAUGAUGAUGAUGAUGAAGAAUCAUUACCCGUCCAUCCAGAUUUCACCAAGCUACUUAAACUGGCUUGUUUUGCCUGCUGAGUUAAAAUGAGCCAUAUUCAGUGUUUUGUCAAAAAAAAAACCCUCUUGGUGUUCCUGUGCAAUAAUUCAUAGAAAACAAUGAAUUAAAUAUUGUUAAUAUUAGAACUAUUUA